AGAACCCCUCCUCGAAAGUUCUCGGUAACGCGCGCGUGAGGGUGGCGCGCGCCUCCUCUCCGUCAGACCCGUUACUCACGAGACGCAGAACAGACGGACGGAAUAUGAAGCGAAAAACACGAGAAAAACACGGCCCAGAUUCUGCGACGGGUCACGAAACGGAACAAUUUAUAAGGAUUUCACUCGUCAGAUGCUGGAUUUCACUCAUGGCGUUCACAGCGGUGUCGCGGUGUGAGGCCGUGCAGGUCUCUGUUCGUGACGAGCGGCGCUUUGCGAUGCUGUUCCAGUCGGUGGUUCUGCCGUGUCAGUACAGCAGCGUCUCCACGCAGACUCCGGUCAUCCAGUGGUGGUACAAGUCCUACUGCCGCGAUCGCACGCGCGACGCCUUCCGCUUCCCCGACGCGCUGGCCGUCCACGGCUCUGAGCUCGGCUCUUCCGUUCACCUGGACUGCGGGGACAGCGGCCGGACGGUGCGCAUCGUGGCGUCUGGACAGGGAUCGUCCAUCACCCUCGCCGAGCACUACAAGGGCCGAGACAUCUCCAUCAUCAACAAGGCUGACCUGCGCAUCGGUGAGCUGCAGUGGGGCGACAGCGGCGUUUACUACUGUAAAGUGGUGAUCUCUGAUGAUCUGGAGGGUCAGAAUGAAGCACACGUGGAGCUGCUUGUGUUGGGUCAGACAGGUUUGACCGAUGAUCUUCUGCCUGGCUUAAAUGUGGAGAUCGUUCCAGAGUGGGUGUUUGUGGGCGCUGUGGUCGUGGGCAGUGCUCUGGCCAUUCUGCUGGUGGGUGUUUGCUGGUGUCAGUGUUGCCCUCAUUCAUGCUGCUGUUACGUGAGAUGCUGCUGCUGCCCAGAGACCUGCUGCUGCCCUCGACACCUGUAUGAAGCAGGAAAGGGGAUCAAGACAGCAGUUCCCACACCAGUGCCCAUGUUCCCUCCAUACUACAUACCUGGGAUGCCCACCAUGAUGCCCAUCGCCCCGCCCUCCCUCAUUGACCCAAACCUGUCCACUGCACCAUCACUGCAGCACAACGGCUCGGCAGUGCAGAGUGGUUUCCAUCUGCAGUCGGUGUCAGAUCAGAGCUCUCUGAAGGUGCUGCAGUACGUGGAGAAGCAGCUCGCUCAGUUCAACCCGUCUCAGACGCUUAGCAGCAGCCGAGACACCUGCAGUAUGUCCGAGCUGAGUUCAUUACAUGAUGCAGAAACGGACUUCCGUCAGACCUAUCGACAAGUACAAAAAAAAGCUCUACCAGCCAUCCCUGAUCUCGACGACCCCACUGACCUCCGGACCACAGAUUUAUCUCCCGUUCACGAGGGAAGAUUUACACGACAGCCACAGCAAAGAAAUCAUGUGGCAGACGACAACCCCAGGUGGAACCCUCGUUCAGAGCACCUGCAGAGGAAGGCUUUCCUGGAACGCGGACGGACCGGAUCUUUGGAUGAGCUGGAGGAGUUUGCGAUGACAUAUAUGCAGCGAGGACGUCACGGUGACCUGGGAAACAGGGAGGACGACUACAGAGCUCACGAACGGGAGCGCGAGAGGGAAAGAGAGCGAGAACGGGAUCGCUAUCCAUUUUAUUGUUCCAAACGUUACUCUCCAAAGGCCAGUCCGGUGAGACGCCCACCCAGCCCUCCGCCCCUACCUGGAAAAAGGCGGGACACGUGGGACAAUGAUCAACCCCAACGGGAUCCACGAGAGCGGGAUCAGAGAGAUUCCAGUGGUACGGGGAGCAGAAGAGACUACGAUGAUGCCCUUCUCAACAAUUUAUUGGAACGUAAAGCUAAAGCUGGGAAGAGCGGUUCUUCAAAAUUGGGCCGGACCGAAGAGGACUCGGACACGCCUUCCAGAAACAGCUCCAAAAAGACGAGUGAGCGUUUCCACAGCAGGUCUCCAAGCAACCAGUCACCUCGCCAGCGGACGGCGGAGGAUAAUGAAUCCUUGCCACCCUACACAGAGAAGGAACUGGAGCGUUCCCGUGGAGCAGAGUCCGGACAACAACCUUUCUGCUACACGCGCUCCGGUCACGGCUCUACGCCGAGUGGGCAGGAGGAGCAGAACCGCCCUCGUAAAGUGAGCACUCUUCUGAGCAGAGACUCGCUUAUAGUUUGAUGUCCUCACACACACACACACACGAGGACGUCGCCACGCUUGCAAACACACUCCAGCUUCACCGAUCCUGCGGAGCCCCAGCGCUGCGGAACGAAGGUUUGUGGGUCUGAAAUAUGUUUUACAAUAACUUUCCCUAAAAUGGGUCAGCGUUGACUGAGUGAGCAUGGAGAAAAUAUCCAGUAUUCAUUCAUGAGGUACACAGAGACUCUUCCUGACAGAUUUGUGUUUGAUGAAAACAUUUUCCACACAGUGGAAUGACGACGUUUACACAUUGCUGGACUUCAUAUAUGAGGUUUAUUUCACAUGUAUAUAAUCUCAAAGUGCUCCGUAUGAAUGGAGCUGAUAUUUUGCUAAAUUGUUACAUUCUGAUGAAAUGUAUCGAUAAACACAUUCGUAACUGCUGUGCCAGAUAACUAAUGAUGUGCUGUUUUUGCACAAGAUAUUAAUAUCAUUGGAGAUCUUGUUAUUCUCACAGUUUUAUCAGUAUUAUACGAUUUUCAAAUUAACAAAUGAUAAUAUUGUGUAUUUUUGGGAGGGACACUGGUUUUCAUGGAAAGCUGAGCAAAACCGUUUAAAGAGAUUACAGGAAGUCAUUUGGUUUCAGCAGUUCCGCAGAAUUAUCAGCCAAACUCAUCAUGUUAGAUAAACAAGACAGUAUUUUCAUUUACUGACUGCUAGAUUUCACUGAAGCACGUCUGGAUGAUAUAUGCUGAUUUCUGAACCGUACACUAGUGUAGCACAUCUUUCUACAGCAGAUACAGUGAGAGUAGUGUGCGGUUAGUUCAGGAUCCCCUCAGACGUCACAGUAUCAUGUGAAACACUUCAGUACCAGCACUGAAAACCAGCCUGACGGUCGAGGGUCAGUCGGUGUCAGCAGCUGCGGUGUGACGCGUGACGUCACUGGAUGAUGAUCUCAUCAGACGCUUCUGAAUGACGUGUGUGUUUCUCUCAGACUGACGUCACUGUGUUUACUCUGGUGUUUUUUGCCUUCAAAUAGUUGUUUGUUACUCAAGUUAGUUGUAUCAAACACAACACUAUUUUAUCCCAAUACUUGAGAAAAUAGUUCACUUAAUUACAAUUGUGCCUUUGAGGACUGAAAAUCAUUUGUAUGCAACUUUGUUUACAUUUUGUAUGUUUUCACAUUUGCUGCCUUAUGAAAUAUGUAUAUUAGCUGUAUGCAGACUCAAAUUAUGUUAAUAACUACAUCAAAUGAAUUUCAGUAAAAACUUGACAAACACUUCUAAAA